AUGAAGAAGACUCCUGAGGAGAUUGUAGCAAUACUUGAUGAGCUCUCUGAAGAUGCUAACCAGUGGCCUUCUGAGAGCAAUGAUAGAAGAAAAUCAGUUGGGGUUCAUCAAGUAGACUUUAGCACAGCAGUGCAAGCCCAACUAGAUGUCAUGUCCAAAGAGAUAAGAAAUUUGACCUUAGUCAAGGUCCAGAGCCAACCAUCACCAAUUUGUGAUUUCUGUGGAAUGGGACAUCCAAUGCAUGAGUGUCAGGCCGUAGCUGUAGAUGAAGUGGGACAAGGAGCUCCAGGCUUUCAAAAUCAGCAGAGGCAGCAAUAUCAACCUCCACAAUCUAAUCAGUCUAGCAUGAAAGAGUUAAUGAAGGCUUUUAUUAUCAAGACAAAUGAGAGGCUUGAAACUCAUAUCUCAGUUAUACAGGAACAUGGUGCGGCUAUCAAAGAACUGGGUAUGACUUUUAGAAACCUGGAAAGACAGAAUCCCAUAGCAAAGAAAAAGGAAGAGCCGAUUGAGAGACAGAGGGAAAUUGUGGACCUGCAGAAAAAUAACAACAUUCAAGAAGGAGAAGUGAUGGUAGAUCAGGAUUUUAAGAAGAAGGGGAAGAUUAGAGCUCAGAAAAAGAAGAAAGAUGAUAAUUCAACAAAUAAUGAGACUAAAGAAAGCAAAUACACGCCAGCUCUACCUUUCCCCCAGAAGCAAAGAAGAGAGAAGUUGUACAAACAAUUCAAGCACUUUCUAGAAGUGUUCAAAAAGGUGCAUAUGAAUAUACCUUUCACAGAGGUACUUUCUCAGAUGCCAGCUUAUGCUAAAUUCAUGAAGGAGAUAUUGUCCAAGAAGCGAAAAGUGGAAGAGACAUCGGUUGUCAAGCUAAAAGAGCAUUGUAGUGCCAUCUUGCAGAAUAAGCUCCCUCAAAAAUAUGGAGAUCAGGGAGUUUCACUAUACCUUGCUCUUUAG